CAUGGCGGUUUAAAGUGCUUCUUUGACAACUCUGAAUAGACCUCUCGUCUACGUGUGUUUUACAAGAGGAAAAGACGAAAUACUUCUUUUCCAGGUUAAGAAAGAGGAAGGCACUGGUUUUUCAAGAGAUCCGUUCACAAAUGAGAGGAGCCACUAUGAACGGAGGUGUCAGUAAACGAAAAGGAAACCGAGGCAAGAUGGUCUCUAGGAACAGAUUAAAGCUGGAGAAGCUAAGAGAGUCUUUACAUUGUCUCAAUCUAGAAGAGGAACAAGUGGAGACGACAAGGAGCAAAUUGCGCGGUGAUGGGCCAACUUUACGAGUUUUGUUGCACGAUUUAGCUGUUCCAGUCGGUCCACAUGGAAUCAGAGUACAAAUUGAUGGCGAUAACUGUUGUACGAAUUCCUUAGGAGAUGUAAAGGAGAAUAGUUGGCUUACGCAACGAGGAGAGACAUUAGAUAAGACAGAAAAUCAAAUUACUUCGGAGAAAUGUGAUAGGUAUGAAUGUCGUCCAAAUACGUUGUCAACUUGCUCAGACAAAGAAAAACAAGAUAAUAAUAAGAGCCAAACUCGUGUGAGUUACACUUCCGCCUGCAAGGCAAGUCUGAAAGAGACGAGCCCUAAGAGGAAAUUUGACGGUAGUGAAAAAGAGACUAAGCUUAAAAAUUUCAAGGGAUCAUCGUCGAGAUUCAAGUGGGAAACGCUAGGGCAGUUGAGCUCUAUUUCAAAUGUGCAAUUUUCAAGUGUUCCUGAUGAAGGUACUCGUAUAGCAAUCAACAGUGACCACAACUCACCCUCCCCUCCCAACAGUCCUCUGUAUGACAUGCCAUCUCCCUCUACUCCAGCACAGAAGCAGGCAAGAAGAGCAAAACGCCAGCUUCAAUUAGAAAGAUGGAGAAAGUAUGAUGUGUCAAGGUCACGACAGGAGCGAUAUAAAAAAAGGAAUCAACAAAUAACAGAAAUGACCUUGUCUGUAGAUUCUAGACACAUACAAUGGAGCCAUGAUUUAGUGCAGACUGUCUAUAUUGAUGAUGAAUUUGAAUGAAGGAAUAGUGAUCUCAUGAUCUCGUGAUUUCACAGAUUUCUUUUUCCCUUAGCUUGUACGCUUCUGGAAGAAAGUUGACUUCUGUGGGACAUUUGGCCAAAUGCAGACUGAACCAUAACAAAUGUGAAUACUAUAUUUCAUAGUUUUUCAUUUUCAUGCAUGGAGAUAAACAAUGCACAGAUUGGGCUGACAUGUUAACAUCCCAAGUGGGAUCAUGUGAUGAUUCCCUAAGUGAGGUUCCAGGUUACAGUCAUUAUGCACUUUGUCACAUUCAGCCAAGUGCAUGAGUGUUUACAAUCAUAACAAUUGUCACCUUGAAAAAAGAACCAUCAAUUUAUCUGAAAUGGGAGGUAAGGAGGAUUUUAGACUUUUCAGCAAUGCCCAACUGGCACCUGAUCAACUGAGAUAUCUUCAAAUUUUUUUUUCCAUGGAGCCUGCAUGGGUACCAAGUAGUUCUCUGUUCUCAAUAAUGAAUUCAAUUUCCUUUAACAUUUGUUCCAUUUGCAUUAAGAUAAUCUGGCAAAACCAACAAUUUGCAUUCCAAUUUUUCAAGUCAUUUCCAUGCCUGAAAAAGUUUAAUUUGGACGUUACUGUUGUAUUCAUUACACUGUUCC